AUGCAGAACAGAGCUGGCCUAAUUCUCUGCACUCUUGCCCUCCUGACAGGUUUCCUGAUGAUCUGCCUGGGGGCCUUCUUCAUUUCCUCAGACUCUAUAUUCCAAUGUCCAAGAAACUUGAUCAUGGCAUAUUCACUUCUGCCUUUGGGGUUUGUGAUCCUCCUGGUUGGAAUUUUCUGGAGCACCUACCUCCAGGCAAGUGAAAACAAAGGGGUGUUCAGCCAUGUGCUCAGACGACAACUUGCUCACCAGGACCUGCCUCUGGCCACGGUGGACAGGCCAGACUUCUACCCUCCAGCUUAUGAAGAGAGCCUUGAUGCUGAGAAACAUACCUGUCCUGCAGACCAAGAGGCCUUGGACAUUCCUCCACCUCUAUACACAGAGAUGGGCUUUGAACUCCAGGGUGAAAAUGGUGCCCACCCAGAGGCCCCGCCAUCCUACCAAGCAUCUGUAGCAGACCUGGUGUCUGCAGCAACAUCAGAGGAUGCUGAGAGGCCAAGCCAAGCACUGAAGGCAGGACACAUACUCAUGGGAAUGAGCUGCUAA